UUGCGUCACAGGUGUAUUUUUUAUCAGGUAUUUUUGAGCGACAUCUCCCUUAGCCAAACAGAAGCGACACCUCGCAGUUUGUUUAAUGAUAAUAUGAAGAAACGCCACUCCUUCUUGCCUUUGACGUGGUAACCGUUCGCGUACACUUCUCCUCCCAGUAAAAAGUGCCACAUGACCUGUCUAGUAGGAAGUAGCGAGCUAGCGAGCAGUAACAGCAGCAUAGCAGCGAUCAGACGCAAAACGGGGAGGAAGCUGUGAAAUCUCUGAAGUCUUAUUCUCGACGUUUCUCAGUAGAUACCUUUUCCCUGUCGGAACAGAAAGAGCAAUAAGUUGGCCGCAGUCAUGUACUUGAAGGUGGUGUUUUUCACUGUAUUUCUGGCUCUGAUUGGCGCAUCAGCCGCAACAGACUCAGAUAAUUGUGCCUCUCUGUCGUGUGCUUCAUGUGAAACCACUAGCGGCUGCCUGUGGGUUAACUGCACAGAAUCAUCUUUUGGCUGUCGCAACUACUCUCUGGCAGAAAACGAGACCUGCACCAAUGCUAGCUGCUCAGCUCCACCCCUUCCCUCUACAGUCUCCCCUACCGCUGUUGUCCCCAGCACCUCCACUAACGGCAGCAGCCUUCAACCCACCCCAGGCAAUUCAACCAUUAUUCCCACCCCUGCCCCCACUCAUAGUGGAAACAGCUCCGUCCCUACUGCUCCAUCCUCUACUUCAGCUGGAAACAGCACAGGUACCACACCAACUUCCCCUUCUCCUGCCCCUCAGAAGAACACCUUCGACGCUGCAAGCUUCAUUGGUGGAAUAGUGCUGGUCUUGGGCCUGCAGGCUGUGAUCUUCUUCCUCUACAAGUUCUGCAAGUCCAAGGACCGCAACUACCACACCCUUUGAAGCAGCCAAACUUUUUGAUCCACAUCACUCAACCAAUCCCCACCAACUAGAAACUUCCAGAGAGGACUCCCCACUCGGCACACACUCAUCAUGACGGACUCAAACACUGUUUUCAAGCAGGUUUUCUAGAUCUUUGAUGUUUGUGCCACUUGUGGUUUAGACCGGCAUUAGCCCUGCUGUUGAAGUCUGUAUUAGGCACACACGCAGGCCUGUUGUGCAUGAUAAUUCCACUAGAACAACUAAGCAGAUCUCCUGUAAUAUGGCAUUUUAAGCCUUAAGCAUAUGUAUUAAAUCAUCUGGAAGCUACUCCCACCUCCAUCAUGCCAUUAGUCAUUUUGCGAAAACCGCUGCGAAUUGAGGUGGAACGUGUUAUUUACAGCCCCUCUCCUCAUGGCUUGCUCAAUUAAAUACACCACAUGAGAGUUUAAGAAUUAGUCAUGUACACAGAGUAGCUUUCCUGUUGAUACUUGGGAGUAGUACAGCUGCAAACUGGUAGCAUUUACAUCAUUGUUUUGAUUUGGAAACACUGUUUGAGUUCACAGCUAUUCUUAAAAGUGAUGACUGAUGAUUCAGUAUUGCUUUUAGCCUGUUCAAUCGUGGGCAGGUUCCCUCUUCCCCCAUGCAGCUGUACCAUGUAUAUGUGUUCAUAGAUUAUGUAAAAGUGGUGGGGUUACUUACGAGGGAAUAAAAGCAACGCCCAAUCAUCUGAUGUCAGACUUGAAAAAAAAAAUAGCCAUUUUUGGUGUCUCCCUUGGCAGUGCGGUGCGAUUUCUGCUGUUGACUUCCCUGGGGGAAAUCCUUUAAUCAAUACUAGUUGUAAAAAAUCAACUCCUAGUAGAGCAGCUAAAUGCAAUAAAUAAAAUACAGUAUCAAGUUAAUUUGAUCAGCUGGCCAUUUGCCACCCAUUUAUCUGAGGAAGUCCAAAAAAGCCCUGUGGGUCAAAAUUAAAGAUUGUAGAAUAUUUCAAAAAUAUUAAUAAUUCAAUUGUUUUAAUAGUGUAUAAUAUAGAGAAUGCGGGGGGAUAGAAAAGAAAAUGACAUGCACUUUCUUGAUGUGGACAGUGAUAGCAGUGAAGUGCCUUUAAUGUCCAGUUUGACUUAAAGAGAGAAUGGUGAAACGGAAGCGGAUGAGUCUUUUCUUCCUAGUUGAGGCCCAAGUGUUAUCAUAAGUUUGUUUGUAAGAAAGAAACGGUAUCGCAGUGCUGAUAUUGGUGAGAACCGUAGUAUCCCAGCUGGACUGAAUAGCCUUUUAUUGUGAAAAAUACAGUAGAUAGUUGUCACUUGAGGGCCUUGAUCAGUCAAGAUUGAAGUUUUCCCUAUAAGUAGAGGUCUUCUCACUGGUAACUUUGUAUAAAUGGAAUAAUUUAAAGUAGCUCUCCCUUUUGUAGCGCCCAAUACGACCCCCAAAAUUUCCUCCCACCUCACUAUUUAUGUUUCAGAACUCAGUUGUAAAUUGUGUUGAAUUAUAAAAACAACAAUGAGCUGGCAGGAAAUUUUGGACCGCUGUUAGGUGCUAUAAAUCAGGGAAUGUAACUUUAAAAAAAAAUGGCAAACAUAUUGGGCUUAAUUUAAAAACUGAGUAUUGGGGAGAGUGCAUUGAGUUAAAAAUGUUAGGACUGUUUGAGUGCUGGUUUGGUCAAAUGAGCAUUGCUCCUCUGAUUUCUGACUGAAAUGAGAGGAUUGUGAAUGAAGUGUGGAACUGCAACAACAAAGCAGCUGUGCUAAAGCUCAAGUCAAGUUCUCUAAUUAGCUUGCUGCUAACUGUGUGAUGUUAUUUUUUUUUCCAUUUUGUCCUUCCUGUACAUAGCCAUAUCUGGUUUUCUUCAUCUUCUAGGUUUUGACUUGACGAAAGGCUAAAUGAAGGAGUGUUUAUCAGUACGUUUUGCUUGUAGCGGCUUGUUCAGUGUCAACGAUGUUUUGUUAAAUGCCUUUUUUUCUUAUUGCAUGCUGGAUGCUUGGAGUUGUGAUUUUUCCUCCCAUUGCAUAUGCUCUUAAGGAUUUAGACACUUAAAAACCACUUGAUUAUUUGUAAUUAGCCCAUAUGCUAGUUGAAAGAAUGCCUUGAAACUGUGUGCAUUGAGCCAAAGUCCUCAGUUUUGGCAUGGAAAUUGAGCAUUGCAUUGACAAGCUUUGUUUUGUAAUUUUUGUCUUUGUAAAUGUUUUCAUAGUUCAGCCCAAAAAAAAAUCUGAUGCUUGUAUAAAUACUCAGUCUUGAAUAUUUACUAGAUAAUGGAUGAAUAAUCUUGUUUUUAUGACCACGAAUAGUAAGAAAUACAUUAGUUUUUUUCUUCUUUUUGCUUUGGCUUUUAUUAUUUAGGAUUACACGUUUCCUGCUGCUUACCAUAAACACGCCUUUUAACCUAGUCACCUGGUGGCAUUAGGCUACAACCCAAAGACCCAACUAUGGCGAGAAAGCUCCAGAGUUUUGACUUAGCUGCAUUAAUUUGUGCAUUCUCUGCAUGCGGAGAGCCUUCGCCCAAAUUUUGAGAAAUAUAUGAGUUUUAUUCACAGCUGUUGAGUGGCAUGCUGUGUAACCAUUGAAUCCAGUCAGAGUGCUCUCUGCUUUCGUCAUGGUAGCUGCAUUCCUUAAGAACACAGCAUCCCGUGUUGACAUCGUGGUGUUGAUACCAAUAGAUGCCCAUUGUGUUGCCUCUCUGCAGCUUCUCCUACAAGUUACUAACUCAGUCCGUGCAACUCUUAAGGAAAAGUGCCUUAUUCAGUUAAUCCAUAUAUAGUUGUAGUUUAUGCAACGAUAUGCCACACCUAUUCAAUUUCAAUGUGACUCAGCACUUUCAGACCCCUGCAAAGUGGUUUUCUGUAUGGUAUUCCACUUUUAAUGUCUUUUGUCAUUCUCAGCCUUAACUUCUUGAUCAAACCCACAGAGCAUUUGCUAGUGACAAGCUGUCCAGGCAAAUAUUAGUCUGCUUUUGUUUGAAAAGUGUGUUUGUUAGAUGCUAUGUUGUAAAUUUCAUUAGCAUUUAAGUGCCUACAUUUUAACCAAUCACACAAUAGAAUUAUAGUGGUUUAAAUGCUGGUGAAAUGGCUAUAACCAGCUAAUGAAUAGCACAGUUUUCAACUAGAUGAAGCCUGGACAACUUCUCACCAUCACAUUGUAAUAGAAUAACUUACCAGUAAUGUUGUAACCACAGCCACAUAUCUCUAGUGUUCUUUACUGCAACAUUUCUUCCAUAAUGUAAACAGUUAUUGGAUGACUUGAAGUCCACUUUGGUUGUAAUUUUGCAGUGUUUCAUUGAAUGACUUGUUUUCUGUCCAAUAGGAUUUUAAAUUUGCAUGGAGGACUUGUUAGAGGACUUGUUAGUUUUCAGCCUUGCAGUGUUCAAUUCCAAGAGUAAAAACCUUCUUGAUUCCCUCCUUUUUCCCAGCAUUAUUUCUAUGUUGUAGUGCCAUAUUUUUUUUAACCUUUUGUGUUAGAGGCCAUCAGGCUUGUAGGUACGAUAUUUCUUUCUGGCUUUGCUUCCACCCCACUUUGACACACUUGCACACUUUGCGAUGGUGAGUUGUCUGAGUACAGAGCUUUCCUCCUGAAAGAAAGACAGGUUGUUGAUGGUGGCAGCCACAUUCACCAACAGUUCCGCGCUUUCCAGCACAGACCUCAGCUCUGACACACACACACACACACACACACACACACACACACACACACACACACACACACACACACACACACACACACACACUUGCAGGUGCCACAAAGCCUCCUGAAAUGUUUUGUGCUUCUUAUUUUUCUCUCAAACAUUUUUAUUUUGUGCCUUGUUUUCUAGUGUUGCCUUUAGUUUCACGGUGUAAAGCCAAUAAAGUUUGAAUAUUGUUAAACAAA